AUGAAGACCUGGCUCUGGGGUAUCAGCCUCGUCGCAGGGGGCCUUCCAGUGGACGCGACAUUCUGUCGCUGCCAACCAGGACAAUCUUGCUGGCCAAGUGAAACCAAUUGGGCUGCUUUGAAUAAAACAAUCGGGGGAAGCCUAGUCGCUGUCAAGCCAUUCGCAUCGCCAUGCCACAACACCACUUUCAACGCGGCCGACUGUGCCAUCGUCCAGGACCAUGCUCGCAACUCCUCUUACCGGUCAUCUCAGCCAGGUGCACUUCAAUGGGAAAACUGGGAAGCAUGGCCUCAAGCCGAGGAGCAGUGCUACAUCAACGCACCACAAUCAGCCCCAUGCCGGCAGGGCCGCGUAUCCCUCUUUUCAGCAGAGGUGCGCUCAUCCCAGCACAUCCAAGCGGCCGUCAAGUUCGCCGCGCAUCACAACCUCAAGCUCGUCAUCAAGAACACGGGCCAUGACUUCCUGGGUCGGUCGUCGGCGCCAAACUCAUUGCAGAUUAUGACCCAUUGGAUGAAGAACAUCUCUAUUGUGGACGAUUUUGUGCCCACUGUGCCGACUGGAGUUGAUGCCCCUGGCGGUGUCAAGGCUGUCACUCUCGGUGCAGGGGUACAGUUGCACGACGUGUACGUGUAUCUGAGAUCCAAGGGCGUCAUGAUCGUCGGCGGAUCGUCUAGCACGGUUGGCGCUGCCGGCGGGUAUAUCCAAGGAGGCGGGCACUCGGUGCUGGGCCAGCUGCAUGGAAUGGCGAGUGACAAUGCACUCGAGUUCGAAGUUGUUCUGGCGGAUGGCUCACUCGCCAUCGCCAACGCCCACCAAAACACAGACCUCUUCUUCGCCCUCCGUGGUGGCGGCGGCGGCAGCUUCAGCGUCGUCGUAAGCGUUACCGUCAAAGCACACCCGGACUACCCGGUGGUCUACGCAACAGCAAACUUCACCACCAGCCCCGACGAUCCUUUCUGGGCCGGCGUCGAUGCAUUCCAUCGGCACGUUCCGCGGUUGAAUGACAACGGAGGCAGCGGCUACUACAGCGCGAUCCCGCUCACACCGGUAUCCGAGAACCAGACCGUGUCGACGUUCCUGCUGUACAUGAUGUUCGUCAACCAGACGAGCACGAGCGCCGUGAACGCAAGUUUCGUACCAUUACUGGCUGAUCUGAAGAAUGCGACGGGCGUAGCGCCGGCGUACCAUGUCGCCGCUUUCCCCACGUUGUCGAGCCUGUAUACGACGCUGUUCCAGGGGAGUGAUGUCACAGGCUCGCAAGUGCUCCUUGGCUCACAUCUUAUCUCGCGCUCUCUCUUUGAUUCCGGAGAUUCAUCGAAACUCACGAGCGCCAUGUCUGAGAUGCAGCUCGGUCUGGGAGAGCUUGUCGUGGGGAUGCUUCUGUCCGGAGGCCAAGUAUCUCGAAACCGCGACAUUGAGUCCGCGCUCAAUCCUGCCUGGAGAGACACACUGCUCCAUGUGGUUUCUGUCCGGUUGCUGAGCGCAAAUAUGACCUUUGCAGAACAGAAGGCCGUCGCCGCGAACAUCACUCAACGCGACGUGCCGCGGCUCAAGGCGCUGGAGCCGGGCAAGAUGGGCGCGUACUUGAACGAGGCGGAUGCCAAUGAGGCGGAUUUCCAGACAUCGUUCUGGGGAUCGAAUUAUCCGCGUCUGAGAGCUAUUAAGCACAAGAGGGAUCCGCAUGAUUUGUUUAUUACGCGCAAGGGGGUUGGGAGUGACCGGUGGGAUGAAAGUGGAUUGUGUCGGGUGGAUUAA